GUACUUUUCCUCUCCUCAUCCUCUGUUCUCUGCUUUCAUUUUCUCGCGUCCCGUUCCUCAGCCCUGUUCAGCCUACACUCUCUCCCUUUCGGUUCGCACCUUUGACUUCAAAGCCCAAUACACACAUACUCGCACAAAACGCUCGUAUGUCAAAAACGACACAAAGCAUCAAGGUGACAAUCGUUGGCGGAGGCAUAGGCGGACUCAUCUUAGCCAUCAUGCUCGAGGCUGCCCGGAUCAACUACAUCGUCUUAGAGCGGUCUGCCAGUCUGCGCACCAUAGGUAGCACCAUCGCCCUCAAUGCAUGUUCGCUCCGCCUCCUCGAACAACUCGGUCUCUGGCCAGAGAUCCAAAAGAUCGCCAAACCUAUCGGUGCCUUCCACCUCCAGCAUGACGAUCUAUCCCACAUCGGCUCCAUCGACUUUACUUUUGGCGAGAAGCAUUACGGUUAUUAUGGAUACGUCAUGGCCCGUCCCGAUCUCUUCGAGCUCCUCAAGUCACGCAUCCCAACUAAGAAGGUGUUGCUGCACAAAGCCGUAGUCGAUGUCAUUGAGAAUGACUGCGGAGUGACCUGCAGAUGUGCGGAUGGGACGGAAUAUCGGAGUGAUAUCCUAGUUGGUGCCGAUGGCGCUUACAGUAAGGUGCGAGAGAGAAUGUACCAUCACCUGAGGCUCCAGAACCGGCUGCCCUCCGAGGAUGACCAACCCUUAAAACUCACGCACCUGUGCGUCCUCGGAGUGUCCAGCGCACUGGAUCCAAAGGUCUUCCCUGCAGUAAUGGACAAGUUCUCGAAGUUCGAACUCAUGCUAUUUCGAGAGCGUCGCUGUUCGAUUUGGUUGAGCCCCGUCCAAGGCAACAAGAUCUCGUGGUGUUACGGAGGUGAAGUCGACCAGAGUCCGGAGAGUCCUCGUAACAAAGGCGUGAAUCGGCGCUGGGGCAAAGUUCCAGCAAAAACUCGGUGGUUGCUCGAAGAUAUCUCCGAGCUGCCAACAGCCUAUGGCUGCAAGGUUGGCGACAUCAUCAACACUACGCCAAAGGAUCGCGUCUCCUCUGUGGCCUUAGAGGAGAAGUACUUUGAGACAUGGCACACUAAGCGUGUUGUGCUUUUGGGCGAUGCAUGCCACAAGGUCCUUCCGUUUGCUGGUCAAGGCGCAGUGCAGGCUAUGUUGGAUAGCCUCUGCCUCGCGAACCUACUCCACGACCUGAAAGGCAAUACCACUGCUGAUUUUGAACAGGCCUUCCAAUCUUACCACCAGCAGAGGUCAAGAUCUGCGCGCAAGGCCGUUAUUGGAUCUCGCCUCUUUGGUCAAUUUGUGGUGUCAAAGGGAUAUCUGGCUAAAUGGGCCCGCAAGAUCGCACUGAAUCUGAUGCCGCACUGGCUGACCAGGACCGUGACUGAUUGGGUGAUGCGUGAUCGGCCGCAACUCUCUUUCCUCCCCAUAAUCGAAGACCGCGGACUCGUCAAAGCCUGGUGCCAACGACGAUAAGCAGCUGUAUGAAUUGGAUGAGAAAGACAGUGGUAUGUAAAUAAAAAGAUAAGAAAAUAACGAGACAAUUUCAGCCUCUUCAGGAAGGAAAACCCUGGCUGAUCUCGGGGCGUUCCGCAGAAGGAGGCUCUCCCCUUUCGAGGGAGUGGGCUUGCUAUAAAAGAGGGGAACGGCCGCAAGGCCAAUGAAAGACCGAGCGACAACUUUUAUCUCCCUAGGUCUCCCGUGUGUGACGGGAGAUUAUUGUUCAAAGAAGAACUGCUUUGCCCCGCUUGAGGCAGCAAUUUAUAGGAGCCACAAGGCAGUCCAAAUUCCGCCGCCAUGUGUGCCUAGACUUGUGGGGGCCUAUCGUCGAGCGAGUCACCAAUUGCCUAAAUGCUCUCUUUUUGGGGUCCCGCUGACUGCUUUCAC